AUGGCUUCCAACGGCGUUGAUCAGAACGGCUCUGCAAGCAGUCACACCCCGUCGCAGCGGUACUUGAGCACUCGAGGCGAGGACGAGGGUUUCUCUUUCGAGGAAGUCGUCCUCAAAGGUCUGGCCAACGAUGGCGGUCUCUACAUCCCCGAGUCGAUCCCCACACCGCAAUCAUGGGAAAGCUGGAAGGAUCUCAGUUUCCCGGAACUGGCCUACGAGAUUCUCUCCCUUUACAUCUCCCCUUCGGAGAUCCCUCCAGCGGACCUGAAAGAUAUCAUCGAUCGCAGUUACUCCACCUUCCGAUCCCCCCAGACCACGCCUCUGGUUCAUCUCCACGACGACCUCUACCUUCUCGAACUAUUCCACGGCCCAACUUUCGCGUUCAAAGAUGUCGCACUCCAGUUUCUUGGCAACCUCUUCGAGUACUUUCUGGUGAGGAAGAACCAAGGAAAGACUGGCCGUGAGCGUCAUCAUCUUACUGUCGUUGGCGCAACGAGCGGUGACACCGGAUCGGCUGCCAUCUACGGUCUCCGAGGCAAGAAGGAUGUUUCUGUGUUCAUAUUGCACCCCAAGGGUCGCGUCAGCCCGAUCCAGGAGGCACAGAUGACCACUGUUCUUGACAACAAUGUGCACAAUCUUGCCGUGACAGGAACCUUUGAUGAUUGCCAGAUGCAGGACAUUGUGAAAGCACUCUUUGCCGAUAAAGACGCCAACGAGAACUUGAACCUAGGUGCCGUCAAUUCCAUCAACUGGGCCCGUAUCCUCGCACAAAUCGUCUACUACUUCCACUCGUACUUUUCACUUGCCAAGAAGUCCUCUACCUUCAAGGUGGGCGACAAGGUUCGCUUCGUCGUGCCAACAGGUAACUUUGGCGACGUUCUUGCUGGCUACUUUGCCCUGCGCAUGGGCCUCCCCAUAGAAAAGUUGGUCAUCUCUACGAACGAAAAUGACAUUCUGGAUCGCUUCUGGAAGACUGGGAAAUACGAGAAGAAGAAGGCUCGCGGGGCAGACGCUGUGGGUGGGCUUGCUGUGGACGGCGCAAUGGCCCAUCCUGAUGGUGUCAAGGAGACUUUGAGCCCGGCCAUGGACAUUCUCGUCUCCAGCAACUUUGAGCGACUGCUGUGGUUCUUGGCGUAUGAGUUUGCCAAGACUGCCAAUAUGGAUGACCAAUGGAACAAGAGACAGGCCGGCCAGGAAGUCAGCAAGUGGCUGAAAGAGCUCAAGGCAACAGGCGCAUUUGGCCCUGUGUACCAGGAUGUUCUCAAGACGGCCAAGCGCGACUUUGACAGCGAGCGUGUCACUGACCCAGAGACCAUUGAGACCAUCCAGAACACCUUCAAGGAUAUCGGAUAUGUGCUUGAUCCGCACACUUCGGUCGGUGUUACGGCUGCCCACCGCUCUUUGGAUUCGGAGGACGGCAAGGCCCACCCCCAUAUUGCCUUAUCCACGGCGCAUCCAGCCAAGUUCUCGGGGGCUGUUGAUAUGGCUCUACGUGGUGAAGAGGGGUUCAAUUUUGAGAAGAACGUCCUGCCAAAAGAGUUUGUUGGUUUGGAGCAGAGGGAGAAGCGUGUGACCGACUCGGAGAAUGAUUGGGCCAAGGUUCGCGAGCUGGUCAAGCUGCAGGUCGAGCAGGAGCUCAAAGAGAGUAAUUAG